AUAGAUUCUCACUUUCCACUUUUAUUUGAAGCAGAAAAAGUCUCUGAGAGGAGAACGGCGUCGUAUCCAGAAAGUUCUAAAAGGGUGGUGGCAGUAGCACCAAGAGCCGCCGCAAUCAGCUUUGUGGAGUACAGCAGAGUCAGAGUGUGACAAGAGAACAAGAAGAAUGCCGACGGAGCUGGAAGAACUCGUCUCCUUCCUAUCUUCUCCAUCGCCGCAAUUAACAAAGGCCGCCGUCGACAUAGUUCGGGGACUAACCGGUUCUGAUGAAGGGAUGCACUCACUCGCAAGAUACGCAAACACCGUCUUGCCUUCCCUGUCACGACUCCUAAACGCUCCCAAGGAGGUUUCGGAACCCGCGGCUGAAGCUCUGGUGAAUCUAUCGCAAGAUUCGAAUCUUGCGGCGGACAUGGUGCGGAGUGGAAUGGUCAAAACUGCUAUGGAGGUUUUGUACAAGCCAGAAUCGAGUAUCACUCGUUUGCUUGUGAUGCUUUUGGUGAAUCUUACUCAACUUGAUGCUGGUUCUGCUUCCUUGCUUCAGAUUGAAGAUGACAGGGUACAUGGCUUGUAUGUUAUGAAGCUAGUGAGAUCAUUUUGUAGAUCGACACAUGAAAAUCAUGACGAUCCUUUUGAACAUGUUGCUUCAAUACUUGUCAACAUCUCAAAGCAGCAGGCAGGAAGGCAGCUUCUCCUUGACCCAAAACGGGGACUCUUGAAGCAGAUAAUCAGACAAUUUGAUUCAAACAGCUCAUUGAGAAAGAAAGGGGUCUCUGGAACAAUACGCAAUUGUUGCUUUGAAGCUGAGAAUCAACUACAAAAUUUGCUUCUGGUAUCGGAGUUUCUUUGGCCAGCAUUACUUCUUCCAGUAGCUGGCAACAAGAUCUACAACGAGGAAGAUCGAUCAAAAAUGCCACUUGAACUUGGGACUGCUCUCUCGAUUGAACGUGAGCCAGUUACUGAUCCGGAAAUUCGUACUCAAGCUUUGGAAGCUAUAUACUUGAUCUCAUUGCAGGAUGCAGGCCGAAGAGCCUUUUGGUCUGUUAAUGGACCUAGAAUAGUACAAGUAGGUUAUGAAGACGAGGAAGAUCCGAAAGUGAUGGAAGCAUAUGAGCAACUGGGUUCCUUGUUGAUUCACAGCAGUGGAGAAGAAACAUCUGGUGAGGCCACAAAGUAGUUACUCCACAUACAAUUAUUCAUUCAGUUAACACCAGAACUUCUCCGUGAGAAACAUGCACUAGUUAUCAAGGUCAUGCCAAGUCAGAAUUUAUCAUUUCAUUGUUACAAUUAACUCUCCCAAAAAUGUAAAAUCAUCUGAUUUAUAUUUACUGAUUGAAAUAAAAAAAAAAUAGAGAAACCCCCGCCAGGGGGAGAGAAAAG